UCUCUCUCCUCGACAUUGUUUUAUGCGCAGAGACGUCGUCUUUUUUCCAGGCACAGACGUGGAUGCAGUUCCAGCGGGGUUUUCAGUGUUUUCUUCUUCCUCACGUCUCUGUGGUGUCAUUGAUUUUUCUCUGUCUCGCGCUGUGUUUCCUUCCUCUCUCUCUCUCUCUCUCUCGUUUUUUUCUCUCCGUCCUUAGCUCUUCCCCCCUCUCCCUUUAUCCUUGUCUCUCUCCUCGUCGUUCUCUCCUCUUCGCCGACGGCCGUCGCUCCCUCCUUUCCUGCGUCGCGCCUCUCUGCCGUCCUCCCUUUCGAAGCCGUCCUCAACUACCUCAGCCAGUUCAGCCACCAGCGUGGAGCGUCGUCGCUCUCUGUCGCUCCGGUGAAAGAAGAGAGCCUGAUGUUCUUUCCUUGGUUCCCUUCCUGUGCCGUAUCCAGUUCCUUCGAUUGCCCGUAGACCCCCGAGCACACCUUGGCUCAUGUGGACAGGAGGGAUCUACCUCGCUCCUCCUUCCCUUCUCUCUGUGUCUGUGCUGAGGCUCGAAGUCAACGGCCUGUCUCCUCGCUUCUCCCGCAUUUGCUUCAGGCCCAAUGGGUGUCUGCAGCCCUGUUGUCGAGGUUUUCUGCGGCGACGGUCCGAGACACAGCACCCAGAGAAAAGCCUCUGAGGGCCUUCGACUACCCUCCCCGGUUCCGCAAGUGUGUCGGCUUCCUCCACAUUCUUGCCUCUUCUCAGCUUGACGCUUUCUCUUCGUCCUCGCCUUCCCCUGCUUCGUCUGAAAAAAAAGCGAGAGCCUGUCUCCUCUCGUGGCUUCGAGCGCCGCUCGGCGGGGCGCAGAUGUGAGAGUCAGCGUAGAACGCGGGCGUUUGCUUCCCCGAGAGUCCGGAGCUUCCCCGCGGCCGCGUUCGUUUGUCCUUUCUUCACUGUCCUCUGUCUCCAGGCUCUCUUAGCCGGUCGCAUGCGUUCGCGGCGGCGAGUUGGCGGAGGGGAGGAAGCUGAGGGGCGGGGGCCUCAGCCUGCGCGCCAGUCUUGCUGCUCCGGUUCUCAUCCGUCUCCUCUCUCUGCGUCUGCGUUCGACCUGUUGGGGAAAAAAGAUACCUUCUUCUCUCCCAACUCUCUCUUGGGAGCAGCCGCAAUGACGGCUGGGUCGCCGCCGCCAACGCCGUCUGUUCAGUCGUCUUCUGGGUCUUCUCGUUCCUCUUCCGCCGCGUCCCCCGCGCGCUUACCUGCCUCAGCCAGCGCUUCGCCUUCCCUUCCCUUUCCCUCGCUUUCGUCGUCUUUCUCUUUUGUCGCACCCUCUUCGUCGGCUGCCACCGCGCCGCCUCUCGUGACCCUUCCGACCGCGGAGACAGCUGUCUCCGCGCCUGCGGCGGGGCCGGCCGAGGGCGGCGGUGCGGCUUUAGGCUUCGACGGUGCGCCGGCCAACAUGGAUCGAGGGAUGUCGUGUGGCGCCCUGGAGGUUGGCGGAGCUCCAGACCUGCCUUCUCUGCAUCUCGGGACGCCUACCGACUUUGCCGCCGAACAGGCGCCUCCUCCGGGGGACCGAGGACUCGACACUCAGAGUGCUUUGCCGGGCGGUCGGCUCCGAGCCAAUCGGUCUUUUGCCUUGUUUCUUAUCGUUCUCCUCUCUAUCGUCCUCUUCAUCUCCUUUGUCAUCACACCCUUCUCAUCCUUCCUCAUCGACCUCUCCCUCCAGAGUCAAACCUCUGUUCCCUCGCUCUCCCCACCCUUUCCUUCCAGUCAGGACCCCUCAACGGGUUCUCCGACGUCUUCUGCGGCAAGCGACGAGGCGACGGAGCCUCACAGUCCAGGUUCUUCAGCCUCAAAGCCACGAAGCGAUGCGGACAAUCGGGACUCGGCUCCUCGUGUACCCCAUCGCCAGCCCAAACCGCUUCCACAAAUUCGCCUCGAGCAAGCGCGAGCGCGGGGACAUUCCGCCGCCGCGGCCUUUCCUGACGAAGUUGUUUCUGGGGAUUCCUCGAAGGCCUUUUCGCCUGGCAACGCGUCUCUCUCGAGCACCUUGUUCUCCCGCUUUGGAUCCUUGUCGAUUUUUCCUUCUCUGUCAUUGCCUCGCGACUCCGCAGAGAAUGCGUCUGCCAUCAAGAAGAAGCCUUCACAAGACCCCAACGAUCGCGCUGGGACUCGAAGCGGUGGCAACGGGGCGGCCGUCCCGCCGUCGCCUCCGACCGCGGUCGGAGGGGGAGGCGCCGGGGCUGGGGCUCCAAACCGGGACGCGACUUCGCGCCCCACGUUCACGCCGUAUCGGCCCGUCGAUUGGGGGGUCGAGAGAGUCGGAGACAGUGGAGCAGACAUCUCUUCGUCUUCCGAAGCGAACGACCCAAACGGAGGCACUUCGUCCGUUCGCGGGCCGUCACCUUCAGGUUUAUAUCCCUCCGCCAGCGGACUUCCACUCAAGCGGCCUGCGGGGGAGCAGGACGGAUGGAGAGGCGAGCUGGCUGAAUUUGCAGACUACAAUGGCGAUUCGCAUGCGGACAUGAUCUUCAUCUCUCGGUCGACUCCAGACGAGAAGCAGAGCGUUUCUUCGCCUGCUGUCGCCUCUACGUCUCCGUUCCUCCUGUCUGCAUUCUCGGCCUCGAGGAGCACCCCGCGCUCGACAGCGUUCGCCGCCGUUUACACUUGGGAUGCAGCGGCUGGGGUCUUUGCGUUCUUCACGAAGGCGGAAGUCCCGGAAAGCACUGAGUCCCUGAUUUCUUUCGACUGGAACGGCGACGGACGCGCCGACCUCCUCGCAGUGUGCGUCGCGGAGCCCAACGCGGUCGCAGAGGCCCGCCGCGAGGCCAUGCGGCUCUUCCAGCGAUUGCAGGAAGAAGGCCAGGGACGAGACGCAGCGCGAGAGGGGCAGGUCCGCCCAGCAGAGCACAAGAAAGAAGAGAAAGAACUGCACCAGGCAGCGGUGAAAUCCGGAGAGGAAGGAAAGGGCGAUGCGGGUGCGGCGAGCAGUUCGUUCUUCCGGUUUUGGUUUGGGAGCCCAAGCAACGAGCGGGGAGAAGAAGGCGGAGACAGAAACGAGGUGGGGAAGAACUACUACCUCGUUGCCUACGUGCAGAGAUCGGACGGAAAACUGGAGGAAGCCUGGGACUCGAUCACGGGCGUCGACAGGCUGCUCGAACGUCUCGAGCAACAGCGAGUCGCCAGGAGGCGCAGGAUGGCCCGAGCGAGAGAGAGCAGAGACAGAGACAGGCAACACAGCGCGGCCAGCAACGAGAGAAGCAAGCAAGCCGCCACGCAUUUACUGGCUGUCUCCGAAGCCCCCACACCGCCGCAGACGCCGAGCGAGAUCCCGAGCCGGGGCGAAGAAGCGAGAGCCGAAGAGCCAAGUCCCGCGAUGCCGCGGAGACGCCUAGCGGAGAACGAAGGGGAAAACGGUGUGAAGGUAGUAGAGAGCAACGGAAAUCAGACUGACGCCCCAAAACAAAGUUUGUCCUUUCCUCUCUCGGGUGACCCGUCGUCGCCGCCUCCUCCUCGUCGACCCUCUGGCAGAGACUCAGCUUUGGGCUUCGCGCCGGUGUCUCCAGUUCUUGAUUCUGCGCGGAACGCUGUCGUCGCGAGAAGAGGAGGCAUCGCGGAAGAAGGGCAGCAGGAAGAAAAGGGUGUGGAGAAGGAGAAGAAGGGUGAGAACGAGGAAGGAGACGGACAGCAAGGUCGAGGGAAGAGUGACGCUCAAGCCAUUGAACGCGGAGGGAGAGAGGAGGAGAACUUUGCUCACGAGACAGUGAAUGCGGCGAGGGAGGAAGAGGAUGAGACUGGCUUUGAUUCGCCGUCUUCUCUAGAAGAUGGCAUUGAGAUCCAAGGCGUCCGAGUGUGGGGCGGUUUCGGAGAAACUCCAGAGACUCUGUCGAACUCUCUCUCAGACAAACGACGCGUGCACUUGGAAAAUCUCGCCCUGCUUCCGCUUCUUCGGUUUUCUUCUAUCCAUCCCCUCGUCGCGGACGUCACGAUGGAUGGACGCCCUGACCUCAUUGCGCAGGCGCCCCUCUUCCGGUCUCCGUCUCCUCUCGCGUCUUCUGCGCCUCCUUUUCCUUCUCCCCGACCUCGCCGAUUCGCGUGGAUCGCCGCUUCGCGCGCGGAAGCAGCAGUUGCCAAAGCUUCUUCAGGGAAUCGCUCGGACGCGACGCACUCGGCGAAACGCGGGAGCGAGGAGACAGCCCCAGAAGGACGGAGGCACGCCGCGGCGGCCGGAGAGUUCGCGACAGGCGCAAAAACGAGGAGAGAACGAGAAGGAGAAGAAGGAGAAGAAGGAGAAGGGAUGGAGGAGAAGAGCGAAAGUGAAAGGCGCAGAGGCGCACAGGAAGAAGCGCCCUUCCAGCCUGUGCUGUGGCAGAACUUGGACAAGUGGAUAGCGAACGCGGGAGAAGCCGAGGAAAAACAGCUCCUCGGGAAGAUUGUCUCUCCACACAGUAGUGCUUUUCUGGAUCUCGACGGCGACUGUCGACCCGACCUUGUCUUCCAAGUCGAGCUGCCGUCGCCGCCCUCGGCUUCUUCGCUGUCGCCACCCACUUCGUCCUCGGGGGUCUCUUCUUCUCCUGCUCCUUCGCCUUCCGCCUCUCCAUCUGCUUCCUCUCAGUACCUGGAGAUCUGGGUCAGUCGCUUCGAUGCGCAGGAGGCUCAAGCGCGGUACACGAUUGCUCACGAUGCCGCGUUCAUCGCCUUGCCGCCCAACGUCCGGCAGCUCUCCUUUGCAGACUUCAAUGCCGACGGGACGCUCGACCUCGUUAUGCCGACCUGUGUGCCUUCGCCUGAAUGCAAUGGGUGCUGCGUCGAGGCAGAUCGAAUCCUCUUUGCGCCAAACAAACAACCUGGGCUGUGCCCGUCACUUUGGAGCUUCAGCAGUCCGAGCCGCGCGCCCUGCAGAGCGGCGAACGCCCUCUGCAGUUUACCUGACUAUUUCUCCAUUCCGUCAAUGAACGAAGCUCCUGGAGAGUUCACUGUGACCAACAUUGACAGCGACCCCCGCGUCCAUUUCUACGGUGACCAAGAUCACCCCCCCACUCUGCGGGUUGGAGACUGGAAUGGAGACGGAUAUCCGGACCUCGCGUUCAUUGCAGUCCGCAACGGAGGCUACAGAACCGCCCGACUCUACCAUAAUGUACCAGCCGAGGGAAAAGGCGACGCGUCUCUCCGGACCUUCGAACUCGCACAUGACAUCACCCCUGAAGAGGGAGGCGACGGUGUGUCUCUGCUGUUCGACCAAGUAGCGUUCUUCGACCUUUUCGAAGACGGCAGUCUUGACGUCUUUUGCAUGGGGCAGCCUGAGCCUCCCUCGACAUCUUCGUCGCCCUUCACCAGCAGCCGAGCUUUUCUACGGACUCUGGACAGCGAUUCACGAUUCCUCAAAGUCACCGCACUCAGCGCCGACAGUGGACGCAGCGGAUGCAGCGGCCGCAGUGGCGGGAGAAGCAGCGAGGCGCUGUGGCGCAGUGUGUUUGCAUUCCCCGAGAGCAAGGCGGAAGCCGGCGGUGAGGGUCGAGGAGACGAACGGACCAGUGCGUCCGUUCUGCAGAUGGCUGUUCAGCACAGCCUGCCUCCCUCUGGCGUCGCAUCUCACGGUCCUGCGUUCAAGCUCACAGUUACCGAUUUGAAUGGAGUGAAGACGCCUCGUACAGCAACUCAGCUCAGCCAGUCCGCCCACUCUCCACUUCAGCUUCCUUACGCGCUUUUCGGUCUCGGAAGAACGAACAACUACAUAGAAGAAUUCUAUCUCGGCAUGCCUAUAUCGGCGCAGGUUUGCCACAAUAUGUGGAUCUCCUUGAUUCCCAACUCGCAAGUUCUUGUCGCGCCUUCGCCGCUCUACUGCCCCAAAGCUUGGCAGCUGGACCUUUCCGUCAAUCCUUCGAAGCAUGUCUUCUACAUCCUCAUCACGACCCUCAUCUGUCUGAUUGUCGUGGCGAUAAUAAUUUUCAUUCUCGACCGCCGAGAAAAGGCCGAGGACUCUGAGCUUCAGCGCGGUUUCCGAAGUCACUUCAUCAUCAACUGAAAGAAGUCAACCAGCGAGUCGAAUCGUUGUUUUUGAGCGUUCCUUGUUACCUUUGCCCCCUCGGUUUUCUUCCGUUAUCAUCUCUCUCUCCCCGCUUCUUCGUCUCCCCUCCGCUCUGGUCGUUUCUACUCCUCUCUAUCUAUAUUCUCCUGAUCGAACUCGCACUUCACCUUUCUCCCGUUUGCUUCUAGCUGCUCUUCUUCCACUCUUUUCUCUCGUCUGUUUUUGUCUCCUCUCCCUCUCUCCGGUCUUCUGCUUUCCCCUGUUUUCCCCUCCUUCCGUUGCCUUCCCUGUCCGCUCGGAAGCCACAGGCAAGGGAACAUGCUUCCUCCUGUGCGUGGAAGCAGCGGAUUCUCCGCUCCUGUGCUUGUCUGUCUGUUUAGACAUAACGCGAGUUGCAUGGGUGUCAUGCAUGUCCUGUGUGACCACCGUGUGUUGAUUCCACGGAAUGUUCUCGUGGGGGCGCCGCGCAUCGUGUGGAGUCGACUUCGGCGCAAAUGCGCCUGUAGAAGAAUUCCCUGGACGACUUUGCCGGCGCUGUGCAGAGGGAAAACCGUGUGGUGUGGACUGAAGUUCCGUACUGAGAAUCAGUGCAUGUUCCUCUCUUUUGAAAAGAAAACGUUCUCCACCAAGGGCAUAUGACCCGGAGCCCCUGCGCGUCUCUGCUGCAUGCAGCCGACUCCGGAAUUACUCCCGUUUAUGUUUAUAACAUGCCUUGCUGGCACAACUCCCCUAAACGAAUACAGGGUGCGCAGUGCCCGUUAGGAAAGGAGAGAAAAGCGACCAGCGCCUACCUGCUUCAGUCUUUAGAUGUCGCCGCAGCUUCACCUCGACAUGGCACCCACCUAGACAUAUGUUUGGUGCAACUCUACCGACACAAACAUCCGCCUUCCUCUACGUAGAGGCAUGCGGUCUCAUUACACGUGUGAAGCACCGGUAUCUGUGCACAUCCGUUCACAUACGUAACGUCGCGCAUGCAUGUAUAUUUAUUUAUAUAUGUGUGUGUGUGUGCAUGCUGCCUAUCUUUUGGGUUCACACGCAUCUCUUGGUAGACAUCCUUGUUGUUCUUCCUGGAGUGUCGUUUCUGGAGACUGGCCGUUCACUGGCUUUUCUCUCCCGUGUGUUUUCACUUCCUGUGAUCUUUUUUUCAAAGCGGGCCUCUCUCAUCAUCGCUCUUCUGCCUUUUCAACUUCAGCCGCGUUCCACGUCCCCUCGCUUUCUCCUCCGUUGUCGUCUCCGAGGCUAGAGAGAAUAAAAAUGCUGCAUGCAUGCUGUGUCCGUCGGUGGCACUCCGGUGCGCCUCCUGCACCAUCGAGUGAAUACGGGGAGAGAAAAAGCGAAAUUUCACCUGAGCUUCGCUCUCGUGUGGCAGGCCUCUAUGCACACAACUCACCAUUUGUAUAAAUUUGUACUUGCACGGAAAUGAUAAAUAUAGUGCAUGCCGAUGUCUGUGGUCCCCGACGAAUGCAGAAGCAUAGGUAACCAUGUACAGAGAUACGUGCGCCAGUCCAGAUACACGAAGCAGUUGCGAAUAAAUGUCUACAGGCGGAGCUCCUGAGACAGAGUUACUCGCGAAGAGGAAAAAAAGAAGAGAAUACGUUUACAAAGAUCGGAAGGGAAUGCCCGAGGUCAAGGAAGCAACAAGUCGUGACAACUGAUCGUAAAAAGUGGAUGGGAAAAUCCAAAUCCAAAUAGACUCGUGAGUGUACAUCCGAUCAGAGAUAUAGAUUGGUGUCUACCAGGCGGCCCUUGGGGCUGCGAUUCUUCUCACAGCAGAAAUGAGCAAAUGCCUGUCAAUGAGGGAGUCGCCUCCAGAAACAAAGACCAAGAAAUUGUAAGUACCACACUAUUUGUCUCAUCCAAAAACAGAAAACGCAUUGACAUGUAUUUAUCCUUGGGCUAACACAGACGCACGGAAGCGCCGAACUAGGCACUGUCGUGUACGUGAAUGUGUAUUCGAUUGUUCUGC